UGAACGCACCGUGAUCGGGUCAGACAGGACAGGUGAGUUUCAUCUGCAGCUCACAUCUGCUCCAGAACAAAAGGAGGGCGACUCACAGGCUGAUUUUAACCUGAGGACCAACACACGGAGGAAUAGCAGCAGCGAGCACAGAGACCAGGUCCGGAUGUCUUCAGGAGGAGUUGGUUCUGUCACCAGGUUCGACCGGGUGCGAGAGGUCCCUCACUAUGACCAGGUCCCUCUGGACCCCUUAUGGCAUAAGAAUUUUCCCUUGCCCCCGGGGCCCAUGCAUGGAGCAGUGCAAGCUCUCAGCUUAGACCCACUUCCCCCUCCCCCUCUACCUGGUCAGCCAGCUGUUGGUCCUGAAUCUUUCUACCCCUCCAGCGAUGAAGACCCAACGGAGAGCGAUUGUGAUGCCAUGGACAUUAAGCCAGUCCAUCGUUUUGUCCCUGACUCAGUCAAGAACUUCUUCCGGGGCAAUAGUGGCACCCAUGACAGCCAGGGGUGGUCCAUCCCUCCGUCAACUGCCCCUCACUCGCCUGCACCCUCAUCCAAGAAGAGUUCCAACUGCCGCACCACAGCAGGGGUCCCCUGCUCACCCCCCCACUCCGCCCCUCCAUCUCCGUCCCUUCCUGGCUCCAAUUGGGGCCGCAACGGAGGCUCCGGGAGCAGCUACAAUGCUCACAAGGAAGACGGACUGCUACUGGGUGCUGAAGCCCUCAGCUCUGCAUCUGCAGUGCCCACCAAUCUAUCAGCACAGACCUAUCAGGAGCGGGUGGAGGAGUAUCACCUGCGCUACGCCUACAUGAAGUCCUGGGCUGGCCUGUUGAGAAUCCUUGGCUGCGUGCAGCUACUGCUUGGAGCGGCUGUGUUUGCCUGUGUCUGCGCAUAUGUUCAUAAAGACAACGAGUGGUUUAAUAUGUAUGGAUACUCCGGGCCACAGCUGUUUGGAGGACUUGGUGGAGGGGCAGGUGGAUAUGGGGGGGGCAGUUACUACACAGGCCCCAAAACUCCAUUUGUCCUGGUGGUGGCUGGUCUAGCAUGGAUAGUGACUGUUAUUCUUGUCGUUCUUGGGAUGUCAAUGUACUACAGAGCCAUCCUUCUAGACUCUUCCUGGUGGCCACUCACAGAGUGUUCCAUCAACCUUGUGUUGGCUGUGCUCUACAUAGCAGCAGGGGUGGUGUAUGUCAGGGACACCACUCGAGGGGGGAUGUGCAACAUACCAGUCUUCAAUAAUGGAAUAAACGGGGCGUUUUGUCGCACAGAGGCUGGCCAGACGGCAGCCAUCAUCUUCCUCUUCAUCACCAUGGUGCUCUACUUCAUUAGUGCAGGAGUGUGUCUGAAGCUGUGGAGGCAUGAAGUAGCCAGGAUGAGGAGGGAGGCACUGGAACAGGAGAUGAAAACUACUGCAUCAUCAUUCCCUCUGUCUAUACUGGGUCCAGGCUCCAGGGCCUCCGAGCAGACUCCUCUCCCCACCAUCCUGCCAGACCUCAUGGACGCCCCAAACAACUCUGCAGCUGCUCCUGUGAGGAUGCUGGAGCCAGAGAUCCUGCAAGGUCACAUACCAUCCGGACACAUCCCCAAACCUGUAGUCAUAGCCGACUAUGUGGCGAAAUACCCCAGCAUACGCUCAGAGGAGGAGAGGGACCAGUACAAGGCUGUGUUCAAUGACCAAUAUGCUGAGUAUAAGGAGCUGCACAGUGAGGUUCAGGCAAUGGCUUCUAAGUUUGAGGAUAUGGACGAGAUGAUACAGAAUCUUCCCUCCCAGCCGUCAAGCCAAAUGGAGAAGGAGCGGAUCAGUGGCAUUUUAAUGGAAUAUCAGAGGAAGAAAACUGACCCGACAUAUUUGGAAAAAAGGGAGAGGUGUGAGUACCUGAAGAACAAGCUCUCUCACAUCAAACAGAAGAUCCAUGAGUACAACAAGGUCGCGGACUGGAACGAUGGCAAAUCCAGGGUAGCAGAAAAACGUGGCGACGGAUGGAAACUGUUCAACUGGCUCCUGCAAAGAGGCCAAUCUGUGGAUGUUAAAGAGACUUUGGUGCACAUCGCUGGAUGCAUGUGUUGGCUGAAGCGCGUCAUUUUUCUACUCCGCGAGUGCGCGCUGCAGAGUAUGCGGCCGCGCGCUCAGUGUUUUAGCUCAGCGUCGCUUCUGUUUGUGUCAGGAUCAGACGGUGCAUCGUGUACAGGUGAGUGCCAGCUGGAUAUCAAAAUGCCGAGAGACAAACAUGGCCCCCCCCCAUACCCGGCAGGUGGCAGUAAACACCACAGCAGCAGACACAGGCGCAGUGAGCUUGUGUCCAACCCAGCCUUCUCCUACUACCCAGGAGACAAGAUGCUUCACUUCUACCGCUGGACCUCACCCCCGGGUGUGAUGAAGAUAUUGUCUAUCAUCAUCGUCAUCAUGUGUGUGGCCGUGUUCGCCUGUGUGGCCUCCACGCUGGCCUGGGACUACGAUAUGGGUCUCAUGGGUCUUGGAGGUGGAGCUGGCUUGAUGCCAGGUUAUGGUGGUGGUGGUGGUGGCGGCACAUACGGUAGCUCGUAUGGCGGUUCAUAUGGCAGCUCCUAUGGCGGCAAUUACGGAAGCUCAUAUGGAGGCGGCGGUGCUGGCAGUGGCAGUUCCUAUGGAGGAACACAAAUGGAUCCCAAGACUGGCAAAGGCUUCAUCAUCGCAAUUUCAGCCAUUACCUUUAUAGCUGUGCUCAUUAUAUUUGUGUUGGUUGUCUCGAGGCAAAAUGCUGCCCGCUCAGCAAAGUUCUACCUAGCAACCAUCAUCAUCUGCGCCAUCUUAGCGUUUCUGAUGAUCAUUGCCACUAUUGUGUACCUGGUAGCCGUGAACCCAACAGCUCAGUCCACGGGGUCUGUCUACUCCAGCCAGAUUCGCCAGCUGUGUUCCCAGUACCAGACACAGAACCAGGCCCAGGGCAUCUUCCUCAACCAAUACCUUUACCAUUACUGUGUGGUGGAGCCUCAAGAGGCCAUCGCCAUUGUCCUGGGCUUCCUUGUGUUUGUCGGUCUCAUCAUCCUGAUGGUGUUCGCUGUCAAGACUCGCUCGAAGAUCAGGCACUGGGGCCCAGAGCGCAUUCUCUGGGAGGAAGUGAAGGUCAUCACAGACGUUCCACACAACAGUGUCGGGGAGUGGGUGAACAAUGUGACUGGUGACCCAGAGAUAAUGUUGAAUGACUAUAAUGACAAAGUUGGGGGUUCCAGAGACUAUCUGGACCGACUGGAUAACAAGCCUCUCUACCUGCCAGGAGAUUCGGACAUAAGCAGCUCUGUGGGAAACCUGAAGCCCCGGCUGAAGGACUAUGACACUGGUGCAGAGUCUGGAGAUGACCUGGAGGAGGAGGACUUCAGCACGUUGUUUCCUUCCAUUGUGGAUGAGCAAGAACGUCUGACCUACAAGCGGGAGUUUGACCGGGAUCACCAGGAGUACAAGGACCUGCAGUCUGAGCUGGACAACAUAAACCAGGACCUGGCCCACCUGAACAGAGAGCUCGACCGACAGCCUGAGGGCAGUCCACAGUUCUUGGAUGCCAUGAAUAAAUACACCAGACUGAAGAAUCACAAGAAGACCCCAGACUACCAGAUAAAGAAGAAGAGGUGUAAAUAUCUCAGGUCCAAACUGUCGCACAUCAAGAGGAAGAUCAGUGACUAUGACCGACGACCAUGAACCUUCACCGCUGACCCAUUCACAAAGGGAAAGUGACUAAUCUGUCACUAAACCGAUAUGUGAUUGUUAUAGUGAAAAGCCUGUUGCUUUAUAUUACAUCUGUAUCGAGCCAUGGAACUUUUUCAGAGACAAGUAGGUGAAGGAAAUAUUGAUGUUUAUUUUUUUUUAUAGAUAUCUAUCGACUUUGAAGGUUCUUAACCUCUGUAAGUUUCUCAUGAAAAACUAUUUUAAGGAACAAUUAAGGUGUGAAUAUCUCCUGAAGUUAGAAAAUGAGGGAUGUGAUGUGAAAUGUUUUUGUUUCAGUACUAGUGAAGCAGUUAUUGUGCUUCUUUUAUAGCUUUUUAAAAAAUCAUGUUUGAUACUUUCCUGUACAAUGAAUGUGCAGCUUAGACAUGAAUUUGUGUGAUAUGAAGUCACUGACCACCCUUUGUAAAUUAUGUUAAUUUUUUAUCUUUGCAAAUAUUUUAAAUUGUUGUAUAAAGAGCUUUUCUGUACUUAUUUUUGCUGUUUUAUGUAAAUGAGGAAACCUCGGUUCUCAAAUGGAAUCCCCCAAAUGUAACUGAGUCCUUUCUUUUAGGGUGUGUAAACAACAUGUCGGACAUUCUACUUCUAAUGUACUUCAGCUCAUUUUAUUCAAAAGUCAAUAAAUUCCUUCCUCCCUCUAA